CACCGCUUGACGUGCUUGCGGCCCGCCUUCCGGAAGGAAGCGCCAGCGGCUGACUAUGGCGACCGCCGCGGAGCAGUGGGUGCUUGUGGAGAUGGUACAGGCGCUCUACGAGGCUCCUGCUUACCAUCUUAUUUUGGAAGGAAUUCUAAUACUCUGGAUAAUCAGACUUCUUUUCUCUAAAACUUACAAAUUACAGGAACGAUCUGAUCUUACAGUCAAGGAAAAGGAAGAAUUGAUUGAAGAGUGGCAACCAGAACCUCUUGUUCCUCCUGUCCCAAAAGACCAUCCUGCUCUCAACUACAACAUCGUUUCCGGCCCUCCAAGCCACAGCAUCGUGGUGAAUGGAAAAAAGUGUGUAAACUUUGCCUCAUUUAAUUUUCUUGGACUCUUGGAUAAUCCUAGGGUCAAGGCAGCAGCUUUGGCGUCUCUGAAGAAGUAUGGUGUGGGGACUUGUGGACCUAGAGGAUUUUAUGGCACAUUUGAUGUGCACUUGGAUCUGGAAGACCGCCUGGCAAAAUUUAUGAAGACAGAAGAAGCCAUCAUAUACUCGUAUGGGUUUGCCACUAUAGCCAGUGCUAUUCCUGCUUACUCUAAAAGAGGGGACAUUGUGUUUGCAGAUAGAGCUGCCUGCUUUGCUAUUCAGAAGGGAUUGCAAGCAUCACGCAGUGACAUUAAGUUAUUUAAGCAUAAUGAUAUGGCUGACCUGGAGCGACUACUAAAAGAACAAGAGAUCGAAGAUCAAAAGAAUCCUCGCAAGGCUCGUGUGACCCGACGUUUCAUUGUGGCCGAAGGGCUGUAUGUGAAUACUGGAGCUAUCUGUCCUCUUCCAGAAUUGGUUAAGUUGAAAUACAAAUACAAAGCAAGGAUCUUUCUGGAGGAAAGCCUUUCAUUUGGAGUACUGGGGGAGCAUGGCCGAGGAGUCACCGAACAUUUUGGAAUCAAUAUUGAUGAUAUUGAUCUUAUCAGUGCCAACAUGGAGAAUUCACUCGCUUCUAUCGGGGGUUUCUGCUGUGGCAGGUCUUUUGUAAUUGACCAUCAGCGACUUUCCGGCCAGGGAUACUGCUUCUCAGCUUCAUUGCCUCCCCUGUUAGCUGCUGCAGCCAUCGAGGCCCUCAACAUCAUGGAGGAGAAUCCAGGCCUUUUUGCAGUGUUGAAGGAAAAGUGCAAACGGAUUCACAAAGCUUUACAAGGCAUUUCUGGAUUGAAAGUGGUAGGAGAGUCAUUUUCUCCAGCCUUGCACCUGCAGCUAGAAGAGAGCACUGGGUCACGAGAAAAGGACAUUAAGCUACUUCAGGAAAUUGUAAAUCAAUGCAUGAGCAGAAGCAUCGCCUUGACUCAGGCGCGCUACCUGGAGAAGGAAGAGAAGUGCCUCCCUCCGCCCAGCAUUAGGGUUGUGGUCACCGUGGAACAGACAGAAGAGGAGCUGGAGCGAGCUGCGGCCACCAUCAAGGAGGUGGCCCAGGCUGUGCUGCUUUAGUCUCGUGGCCUGGUGGCCGCGCGCCACACAGCGCGCUCACAAGCCUCGGUCACCGCCGAGGGAGCCACAAGAGGCCUGCGGAUGCCUGACGGGUGUGACCAGGCGGUGUGGAUGUGGACUCGGUGUGUGACCCAGAGAAAGAUGCUGGCUAUUUUUAAAAAGAAAACACAUCUAAAAGCCCGGGAACUGAUUUUUUUAAAGAGGAAAACUAAUGAUAGCAUAUAACUAGUAUUUAAAUUGUGCUAUUUAGUACUAUUUAAAUGUUUUAUUAUACUAGUAUUUUAUAUUCUUUUUUGUUGUCAUUGUUUUGAAAUGGAACUUCAGUUGAUCUUCUCUCCCUUCCCGCAGGAAAGGUUCUGUAAGCACUCCUUAGUGUUUCUUAGCAAAGGGUCUGCGGCGGGAAAGCUUAGCACAGCGCUGCGGCCUGGGAGAAGCGUGUCCCUGAGGCUCCAGGGCAGCCGCGUCUUCUCCAGUCUUCAUCGCGUGAAGCUCGGUGGUGGCUAAUCUGGAAAGGAACACUUUUUGUGCGAUUACUAUAAACUUUUCAUUAUAAUAUAUUUGAAUCCAAGAAUUUUUAUAUACACUAAAUAUUGAUGUUAUACCAUUUCUAACAGCUAAUCUUAGCAUCCCUGCCCACAGAAUAGUCAUUAUACUUCCUAAGUGAGCAAUAAUUUAAAUCAGAUCCUGUUUUACUUUAAUAUAACUGACCUUUCCAUUUAUUAUGUGUUGACUUCUAAUCUGUUUUAGGAAGGGGGCUAUUGUGAUGAUCCCAGAGUAUAAAUCAUGUCCUUGAGAUUUCAGAAUAUCUUGAAUGCCGUCCUUUUUUGGAUAGUGGGUUUGCCUAGGGACAUAUAACUACAGGCUUUUUCUAAGCUAAUGAAAAUGAGGAUUCUUUUUCUUUUCAGCUUAUGAAUUCCAAAUAGCUAAGAAGGAUGUGAGAGCGCUAAAAAUAAAAAUUUUAGCUGUACUUUAGCUAUCUGUUUUUUCUUUAGCAAACCAAGUCAGGGGGUAUAAAUGUCUGUGAUAUGUGCCAUCAGAUAGUGCAUAAGUAUUACACCAUUGUCUUAUUAAAGGUAAAGGAAUACAAUUGUAAAACUAAAUAAAUAAUGUCAUUUUUAUAAUCUGUGUUCAUAUUAACGAAUGAUCUUCAACAUCUUUUUUAAAUAACAUAUUUUUUAACGUUGAGUUUCUAUUUUGCUUGAGGUAUUUCGUACAUCUGUGCCUUGUGAUUGCUGCUGCUUUAAAGGAAUAUACAGUACUGGGGGGGGGUGAAGCUGUUUUGUUUGUUUUUUAAUGAAAUAAAUCUACCUUCCUGAUAA